UAUUUCAUGGGAUGUUUAUCUUUUGUUCCGUCGGCUUGUCGUGUCUUUGACUGUUUGAAACAUUAAUCUAGAAAAUUUGACUCUUUAAAUUAGCUUCGAUUUGUUGAGUACGGAAAUUUUCAAAUCUUCUACGAUGGCUACAGACAGCAUUGAUAAAAUCUACAAGAUCUACGACGUACUUUCAGCAGCAGGCGACAAAAUUUCAGAGCAUGAGGCCGAAUAUCUAACGUUGCUGGAGGCAGUGAAGGGUUCCGACAAAGAGAAGCGCCUCGCAGCCCAGUUCAUCAGCAAGUUUUUUAAAAGCUUCCCCAACCUGAUUGAAAAGUCGAUUGAAAGUCAGUUUGAUUUGUGCGAAGAUGAAGACGCCAUGAUCAGGAAGCAUGCAGUCAGAGACCUGCCAAACUUCUGCAAAGACCACAAAGAAUUCACCAGAAAAAUUGCUGAUAUUCUUACUCAACUCCUUCAAAUUGAUGAUGCGGCUGAACUCUCUGUAGUCCACAGCUCUCUGAAUGCACUAUUCAAAAUAGAUGCUAAAGGCACUUUUGGAGGCGUUUUCAACCAAAUUUUGUCUGGCGAGGAAAUCGUCAGGGAAAGAAGCAUCAGAUUUCUUUCUGCGAGAUACAAAACUUUAGGGCCACACAUAGUAACAAAAGAUGUUGAGGAUUACGUCAUUGCUGAGGUCAAGAAAGUCCUGCAGGAUGUGACUGCUGACGAAUUCAAACUCAUGAUGGACAUUCUGAGUGAGACUCGACUUGGAAAAACUGUGACGGGCCAUCAAGAGCUGGUGGACCUUGUUGUGGAGCAGGCUGAACUUGAUCAACCUUUCGGAGGAACAGAGCCAGAAAAUGUGUACAGACUGAUUGCCUGCACAAGGCAUGCACUUCGUUACUUCUCAUCUCAAGUUGAUGCAAGCAAGUUCAUUACGUACAUGUGUGAGGAUGUGCUGCCUGUUUUAUCAGGUGUGCCCAAGACGCUUCCCGAAGCUGAAUCGGACUCUCACUUGGAGUUGCUCAAACUGACUGCAGAGCUUAGCAAACACUGCACAACUUUAGAAACGCCAGAGAAUAAACUGCAGCAUGUCUUCUCAGUUUUACUGGAAUACAUGCCCCUGCCAGCAGAAGGUGACGCAGAAAAGUUGGCCACGGAGGAUCCCAACUUGGAAUUUUCUUAUGUCGAGUGUCUUCUCUUCGUUCUGCACCGCCUGGGCAAACUGCAUCCAGAUUUCUUAGCGGCUAAUCCGGACAGGAUGAAAGAUUUCCGCAUAAGGCUCCAGUACUUUGCUCGUGCUACUCAAGGCUACAUGAAGAAGCUAAAAGAGAUGUUGAGCGGAAAGUCUCAAGCGCAACUGAAGUCCGAGGAAAAUGCAAUCAAAGCUGUGGCUUUGAAAACAACUACCAACAUUCUGGCUCUGAUCAAAGACCUAUUCCACACGCCUCCCAUCUACAAAAGCAAUAUCAUCCUUUCUUGGACGUCUGUUGCCCCAAAGAAAGAUGAGGGUGCCUUCAAAAGGCAUGCUCCGAUCACUUUUGACGGAAACGGUGCAAAAAUGCCCCGAAAGAGUGACGAACAAGCUCGUUACCAGCCACCUGGUGGAAAGUACAGCGAAAGGAUUACCUCCUAUUCUCCAAGAGGGGCAAGAGGUUUUCGAGGCGGAAGAAGAGGAGGCAAUUUCCGAGGAAGAAAUCGUACAUGGCGAAACACUUACUAAAGUUAAUUUUCCAAGGUACUCUACUGCCAUUCUCAAACUCCACGUUUUUAAACAAAAUUGUUCGAGUGGGUUUUGCUUAGUUUGACUUGCUAGAAAUAUACUUGCAAGUGCAGAGGAUAGAUGUAAUUAUGUGGAAUAUCACAUAGUAAAACUAUAAAUUUUUAUAUUACAAGGAAAUUUGUCAGCACCCACAGAAAUGUCUCUAAUCACUAAAAAUGCAACUAUUGUUUUUCAUAAAAUUAAAUAACUACAUAUGUUCACUUUGGCGUAGAUGCUACAUAAUCAUUUUGAAGGCAAAGGUUGCUGUGUGAAUGUGUCAUUUGCAUUAAUAAACGUAAUUAGAAAUCUAAUUUCCAGAAAAA